AUGGAUGGAAUCAUCAAAUUUUACGAUUUGGCUCCAUCGACUAGUUCAACACAUUACUUUUCUCCGAAUACUUGGAAGACCCGCAUGGGUCUUCUACACAAGGGUGUAGAAUUUGAAACUAUACCUGCAACUUUGCUUGACUUUCGAAGAGAUUUAGCCAGACGUUCAAAUCAACCUCAUAUUUCUGCGCCGGCUAUCGAAUUGCCUGAUGGAACAUUCAUCUAUGAUUCAUUUCUCAUUGCUGAAUGGUUAGAAAAUACUUAUCCUGAUGCCCCAUCGUUGUUUACCGGUGAUGGUAAAUUAUCAUGUGAUGCUCGACCAGAGCACAUAAUUGUCGGUAAGAAUUAUGCACGUAUGAUUGAUUUGGGUCUCGGAGCUUCUAAACCGGAAUGGGCCGUUUGGUUUGAUUUAUUCUUUCCCCAACUUGAUAAGCUAAUUGCAGGCGACGAACAUCGUGCUUAUUUCAUAUCCGAUGCACGACAUGGCCCACAAGGGUAUCAAAAAUUACUCGCGCUCGAUCGUCAAGAAUUAAUUCGUCGUGCUAAAAUGAAUGUACAGCCUCUAGUACAAGUCUUACGCGAACAUCCAAACGAAUAUUUUCAAGGAACACAUCCAGGUCAAGUAGAUUAUGUUAUUUUUGGUCGUUACGCUUACUGUCGUAUGCUUGAUGCAAAACUAACAAAAGAAAUCUGGAAUGAUCAAGGAGAAGAAUUAAACAAUUGGAUACAAAGGUUGUCUCAAGCUCAUGAUCGGCAUGCUCAACAAAUUUUUGACAGUUGUGCUCUUAUCGACUGA